UUCUGUGAAAUGAAACGCAGUCGUGUCUAGGCGGACGUGUCUAUUGUUUCCCGAAGCGGGCACGGCGGUUAGUGCGUAAACCUUAUGUGAUCAAAUGCAGAAAAAACCAGAACGGAAAUAGCAACGCGUCUUUCACCUUGACCGUACAAACUGCAGUUUUGCGAAUGUCCAAGACUCAAAAGCAAAGAGAAGAAGUGGAGGACGGGAGCAACGCCUGGAUGACGCGCCCGUGUGCUAAAAAUAAUCCGCAUCCUGAUUGCACCGAAAACAUCGCCUGAUGUGAAUCGCUUUUACGGUGGACCUCGCCGCCCAAUCGGCGUGUCUUUGGCACUUUCAGUGCGUAGUACGCACAGUUUGCGAAGUUACGGAGCUGGCAUUCGCAAUGGGUGAGUUGGAGAUGAACUUUGGCGAGCUGCGGGACAAGAAUGAAAUCAUACGGAAGUAUGUGGAAAACCUGAACCGUCUGCGGGAGCUGGCGGCGCGGCAGGGUCAGAUUAGUGAGGGCGAGUUCAACAACUACCUGAUCCGGCACUACUUCCACAACAACAACAUCAUUAAUUACAUCUUCGACAAGCACACGAGCCGAAUCCUGCUCAAGACGGUGAUCGAGCGGAAAAAGAAGAUCAUCAACUUUAUCUUUCUUUUGCUGACCGUGUUCGUUGUGUUCUCCUACAAGCACGAAGUGUCGACCGUUGUUUUACGCCAUAUUCAAACUUUCAUCUACCCUGGAAUGCGUUUCUGGCGAAAGGCGACCGUCCCGAUCAUCACAAGCUAUCCGGCACUCAGCGAGUACUACGACGAGAGCUGCCUCCUGACCAAUCCGUACUUUCAAGUAGAAAAUCUAAACUGUGACCCGUGUGCGGACGUCACGAACGUACUCGACUUCGACUCGUCCGGGCUCGAUCCGUCGUUGGGUGUCCAUUUUCCGUACAUCUUCCGCAGCCAGAAAGAGUUGGUCGAUCUCUCCACGGUGCAGGCACUGUACGAGCGGCAUCGCUCGGUGUUUGCGAAGGAUGCGUACAAGCUGCAGUCGACCGAUGCGUCGGUCCGUAACCUGGACGAUCUUUUCCGGGUGUUUGCCAAUGUGACCGGGCACGCUGGUACCGGCCGUUCACCGCCCGAAAGCCAUACCGUGUGGCGCUGCAAUCGAAUGGAACCAGCUCGAUUGCUGCGUCGUUUGUUUCCACGUCCGGCCCGGCUGCCUGCGACGGGUGUCAGUUUGGAGCGCUUUCUGUUGAUCGACACACCGGAAGCUCCAUUGUACAGCAUCCCGGAUGCGGAAUGUGCCAAUAUGUUUGUCAUUCAGGGCAGCGGAAGCAGAAUGUUUCUGUUGCGGCCAACGCAUGAAUGUCGCCACCGCUGCAGGACACUUUCCGUGCGACUACCACCGCACUAUGGAUUAAUCUACAACUGGUGGUACUGGCGGCCCGUAUCGCUGCCGGACUUUGCAGCCAAAGUGCCCUCGAUCAGCUACAUCGGAAGCUAUUGCUGAGAGGUGCAGGUGUAACGGAGGCAUGUGUUUCGUGAACGUCUUCCUUGAAACGUCCUUCCAAUCGUCACUUCCGGGCACUUUGGACAGCUGAGAGACGCCAUUUGCAAUUUAACGAGAUUAUAGUAUGCAAACAGUGAGAUGGAGAUGUACACAAUCAACGAAUAUUAUCGCUCAAGAGGACGAAAGCAUACAGCGGCAGUGAGUGAGAGAAAUAGAGAAAUCAACAUAUAGAGAGCUAGGCGACAACUCAGCUAGCUUGGAUAGGAAGAUCCACGAAUCUUGGCAGCAUAAAUUGAAAAAGCAAAUAGGCUACCGCGAGCUAAGAAGUUGCUUCGAUCGUCCUCAGAAAUGUGCUUUUCUUUGACUAUUACCGCGUGUAUAUUAUCAACUUUGUUUAUUUAUUAAAACAAUUGCAGACUGUUCGCGAUGUGUCUGUACUAAAAACCAAAAAUCAAAACAGCAACAAAAAUUAAACCAAAAAGUAACGGCCAGAAACCGCACGAAGUGAGAAGUUUGUAGCCAGCCGGCGCCACCCCUGCUGUAUAUAGAUAGCAUUUAGCGCCUCUCCUGUAAAACUGCACAAAAUCCGUAACCAUCGAUAGACGGAAUCCCGGUUCACCUUGGGAUGAAUCAACAUUUAGGUAACAUAAACGCCUCCCACCGUCAGUCAAGGAGAAGCCCAGCAAAGUAGGAUCACAGCUGAAUGGGCCGCCCGAAGGUUAAAUUGGAAUAUAUUUUGUGUACAAACUGCAUGCAUGCGCUAUGAGUGGAAUGCAAUGUGUUUCCAUUAGCGACAAAAAUAUCAUAAAAGUCACAUGUCCGAAUUUCGAUGCUCGACAUUGGAACACUCCUGCAGCACGGCUGACUGAUGAUUUGGCAAGGAAUCUGGUUUUCCAAUAUUGAUUUAUACUCACGAUUGACGGAGCGCAGCGAUAUCAGUAUGGCAACACCAUUUCUCGUUGCAUCGCGCGACCCUUAUGAUAUUGACGCCUGUUCAUUGAAGAAACGAAAUUCAGCCAAUUCGGUGAGUGUGGGUGAUAUAGCUUUCGAUUGCCUGCAUACGCCCCAGCUUCAAAUCACACAAUGCAAUACAGUGAAAAGAGCAAUGGGAAAAACCAACCAACCUAAUUUUGUUCGAUGGUACGCAUUUGGUACAAAACAUGUUUUAUUUCAUACUUGAGUGGAAAUAUUAAUAAACUGCAAAAAAAU